AUGAGUGAAGCGCAUCUGGCAUCAACCAUUUUAGAUGACAUCAUCAAUGAACUUAAACUUACGUAUGAUUCAUCUGUUGGAUUACUUGAUGGUGAUACAAUUAGAACAAUACCAAAUGUUAAUACUUUACUUAAUUUAAAUAAAUUAUUAAAGAAUUUAUAUCGCGAAUUAAAUGAAAUUGAACAAAUAGAUGAUGGCUUACUAAAUUCCAUUAAAUCACUUAUAGACAGCCAACAAGAGAAUGAGAUUAAAAAUGAAGCUUCACCCGAAACUGAACAGAUCAAAACAGAAGAGACGAGGAAACGGAAAAGAGAAGGAGUUGAAGAAGAAGAAGGAGAAGGACAGGAAGAACGAAUAGACGAGACCGAAGAAUCAAUCAAUUUGGCCAAACGAAGAAAGUUAAGUUCAGGAGCAGUUGCCGAAGAAGAAGAAGAAGACCAAGAAGUUGUAGAAAAGUCGCAGCAACAGCAACAAGAAGAAGUUAAGAAAGAUGAGGACGAAGAAAAGGAAAGAAUCAAUUCAAAGGACGAUGUAGUACCGCCUGUUCAAACAGGAUCAUUCACCCACGAUAACGAUCUAAGGUUGAAAAACCCCAAAGCGGAGUUUGUUGAAUCCCAAACUUUAUCAGCAGAAGCUAUAUCCGAACUAGGACUCUUCUCAGAAGAUAAAAAUGGAUUAGAAACUCAAGGUAAAGAAUAUUUGAAGAAAAAAUAUGGAGUAGCUUCAUAUCCUGAAAGAGACUUACAAGAAUUACUUGCUGGUGAAAUUCCAAAUAUAGAUUUUUCCAAAAAUAAACCGCCAACUAAUCAAGUCCAAUUUUCAACUUUUCAAACAUAUAUUGAAUCAUAUUUUAGACCAUAUCUGAGUGAAGAUAUUGAAUUUCUUCGUGAAAGAAAUAUUGUCCCCCCAGGAUUCGAAAAACAAGAUUAUGAUGCUGAUUUAACCCCGUUCUUAAUACCUAAACUAGGUAGAUUUUAUGCAGAUGUAUGGGCAGAAGAAGAUUCUACCAUUUCUUCAAAACUUAAUUCUCCAGCUUUUCAGCAACCUUUAUCAGAUUCAUAUAAACCAAAGGGGGAUAUCGAGGAGUUGACCGACGAUACAUUAUACACAGAAGAAAUCUCCUGCGGUCCACUUUCUAGUAGAUUAUUAUCGGCGAUUUUGAGUACCCAUGAAGGAGCAGAGGAAGACGACGAAGAAAAUGGUGAAAUAAAGAAAGAGAAUACGGCUGAAAAGAUUGAUGAAGACGAUGUGGAGGAACAUAUAGCAACCCAGCUUAAUAGCACGGAGGAUUAUAAGCUGGCAUCGGAAAUAAGUGAUUUCCAUUCGGUUGAAGAAAGAUUAAAGAGGGAGCUUAAGUAUAUUGGUAUAUUUAUGAACUUGCCAUUAACGACCGAGGAUGGAAAAGUAAAAACUAAACAAGGUGGAAGAAUACCCAAAAAAUCAGCGGCUAGUAUUAUUGAUAAUGAUGAAUGGGUAAAGAAUAAAGAAGAUGACGAAGUUUGUGCUGAAAUACGAUCUUUACAACAAGAACUUAAACAUACCGUGAAUAGAAACCGAGCCAAUCGGAAGAAACUCAUACCUUUGGUAGAAGAACAUAUCGCGUAUCAAGAAUAUUGUGCUAUAUUGGAAGAUUUAGAUAAACAAGUUGAUCAAGCAUAUAUGAAACGUAUGAAAGGUAAGCAUAAAAAGAAAAAGGCUGAAACUACGACUCCUCAACAACAAGCACUUAAUAAUGGUUUAAGAAUAUUAUUGGAAAAGAGAAAGAGAUGGAUUGAAAAUAUUGGAAAACUUUUCCCACCUCAAGAAGUUAUGAAGAGAGUACCUAAAGAAUCUAUUUUGGUGAAAGAAGGAGAAGAGGAACCCGAACCAGCAGAAGAUGACAAUACCGAUAAUGUAUCUACGGCUGUUGAAAUAAUUCAAAAAUCUUAA